AGCAAUAUCCGAAGAGCUCGCGAUAAACAGGGGAAUGGUCUCCAAUGGUGAUAUGUAGCUGCAGCGGAUGAUACAGCCUGCAUCAUGGGAGAAAUAUAAAUGUAAUCACGGAUUGCAAAAAAUAUAUCUAGUCUUGCGUUCAAAUGUAUCAUUGAAUGACGCCUGCAUUUACUGUAUGAAUUCGAUAUUCACAGCUGAGGCAAUUUAGCUGCUAGCUAGGUAAAGUAAGCUCGAUGCUAAUUCGUUUAUUAGCCAGUGGCUGUUCGGAAUCAGGCUAGCUGACGCUAACUAGCAAGUUAGUUCCACCAUCCAAUUCCACCCAUCCAAAAUAAUAGUGGAACUUCGGCGUGUAUCUUCAGCGCGGUUAUCGAUGCCUUUUUGAAGAAAGAAGAAAUAGCUAAGCCAGUUCGCUAUCUAGCAAGCAUAUGAGAAGGUAUUGGAUUGAGAUUUCACCCAAUUUCCUCCACUUGAAGAAAACUGAACUGGCUGAGAUGGAUGAACAAAGUGUUGAGAGUAUUGCGGAGGUGUUUCGUUGUUUCAUCUGUAUGGAGAAGCUGCGGGACGCUCGGCUCUGCCCCCACUGCUCCAAACUCUGCUGUUUCAGCUGCAUAAGGCGCUGGUUGACUGAGCAGAGAGCCCAAUGCCCACACUGUCGGGCACCACUGCAGCUGCGGGAGCUGGUGAACUGCCGUUGGGUUGAGGAAGUUACCCAGCAGCUGGACACCCUACAGCUCUGCAACCUCUCCAAACAUGAGGAGAACGACAAGGACAAGUGUGAGAACCACCAUGAGAAGCUCAGUGUGUUCUGCUGGACCUGUAAGAAGUGCAUCUGCCACCAGUGUGCUCUGUGGGGAGGCAUGCAUGGUGGCCACACCUUCAAACCUCUGGCUGAGAUCUAUGAGCAGCAUGUGACCAAGGUGAACGAGGAGGUGGCCAAGCUCCGCCGACGCCUCAUGGAACUUAUCAGCCUGGUGCAGGAAGUGGAGAGGAAUGUGGAAGCAGUGCGAGGGGCCAAGGACGAGCGAGUGCGAGAGAUCCGUAAUGCAGUGGAAAUGAUGAUCGCCCGUCUGGACAACCAGCUCAAAAACAAACUCCUCACCCUCAUGGGUCAGAAGACCUCCCUCACCCAGGAGACUGAGCUACUGGAGUCUCUCCUACAAGAGGUGGAACAUCAGCUGCGCUCCUGCAGUAAGAGCGAGUUGAUCUCCAAGAGCCCAGAGAUCCUGCUCAUGUUCCAGCAGGUUCACCGCAAGCCCAUGCAGUCGUUUGUUACCACCCCAGUACCCCCAGACUUCACCAGUGAGCUGGUUCCUGCCUAUGACUCAAGCACUUUCGUUCUGGCAAACUUCAGCACCCUGAGACAGAGGGCAGAUCCUGUCUACAGCCCACCACUCCAGAUAUCUGGCCUCUGCUGGAGACUCAAGGUUUACCCAGAUGGCAACGGUGUGGUGCGUGGCAAUUACCUGUCAGUUUUCUUGGAACUGUCUGCAGGACUCCCUGAAACGUCGAAGUACGAGUACCGCGUGGAGAUGGUUCACCAGGCCUCCAGCGACCCCACUAAGAACAUCAUCAGGGAGUUUGCGUCAGACUUUGAGGUGGGGGAGUGCUGGGGAUACAACCGCUUCUUCAGACUGGACCUGCUGGCCAGUGAGGGCUACCUCAACAUGCAGACUGACACUCUAGUCCUCAGGUACCAGGUGCGUUCGCCCACCUUCUUCCAGAAGUGCAGAGACCAAUACUGGUACAUCAGCCAGCUGGAGUCAGCCCAGUCCAGCUACAUCCAGCAAAUCAACAAUCUCAAAGAGAGGCUGGCCAUUGAGCUUAUCUGUAGGCAGCAGUCUCGCAGCUCGUCCCCUCCUAACCGGCGCCUGGGCCCCUCGACCUCGGAGAGAGACUCACGCUCAGGGAAAGGCCCCGUGGCUGAGGGCAGCUGCCAGACCACUGACACCAAAGAGGAAGAGGAGGAGGAGGAGGAGGAAGAGAAGACUCGGCACGAUGACUCCAAUGAGCUGUCUGACGGGGAUUUGGAGGUGGACUGUCUGACGGGGGAUGAGGUGAACCCUCUGGACGGCAGCAGCACCUCUGGCAGCUCCACGGCAACCAGCAACACAGAGGAGAACGACAUCGACGAAGAGACCAUGUCUGGGGAGAAUGACGUGGAGUUCAGUAGGAACCUGGAUAUGGAGGAGGGAGAACUGCCUGCCGCUGUGGCAGGAGCAGCAGGAAGCUCUAACCCCGGGGCCAGGUCUCUGAGGCAUAGUGGUGGUCUCUCCUCCGCUGGCAGGAACAACAGUUUGCUAGAAAUUGACCCCGUCAUCCUCAUCCAGCUACUGGAUCUGAAGGAGCGCAGCAGUGUGGAGUCACUGUGGGGCCUUCAACCCAGACCCCCUGCCUCCCUGCUGCACAGCCCAGUCCAAGUCCACUCCAGGAAGGAGCGGGGUGAGCGCAGGCCUCAGACAGUGAGGCGGGGAGCCCCAGACUCUGGGGUCCUGAUUCGGCUCAAGGCACAGAUGGCCGAGGUGCGCAGUAAGAUGACGGAUGUCAAGUGUCAGCUGGAGGCACGGGGGGAGACCAAGGCAGGGCCCUCCGGCGGGGCCACAGGGGUGGAGCAGGGGCCCUCUUACCACUCAGAGCUAGGGCCCAGCAGGAAGCCCAUAGAGCUAGAUCUGAUGGGGAAAGGACCUGGGGUCUCCAGACACUGUCGCUCUGGAGGGAAGAAGGCCUCAUCUCCCAAGCAGGAUGGGAGCAGGCUGGGCCUAAGGAGGGCUGCAGACGUAGUUGAGAAGGAGCUGAGAGGCCAGAGUGGUGGAGAGUCGUCCAGCGACCAAAGCCUCUUUCCCAGGGGCACCUCCAACGGAUCAGAGGGAGCCCUGAAGCCACGCAGCACCCACAGCUCCCCUCCCUAUCUGGGCAGCUCGUCGUCCUGCUCCGAAAACAAACCCUGCAGCUCCAAACACGACCAGGAGCAGCUCUACGGGUCUGACCUGUACGCUCUGGAGGUCCUCAGCUGCAUCUCCACCGCCACCAUGGCACGACCCAGGACCAAAACCAUGGGGGCCGGCCUGCUGACGGACAGCUCUCUGGACUGUGACUCGGAGCCGGCUGAGAUCCGCCAGUCACUGCUCUUCCUGGCAGAGGAACCCUCUUCAUGCCCCAACGAAGAGAGAGCGAGUGGGUGUCUACUUGGCACUGGUGUGCAAGAUGAGACCAUCAAUGCCAAGAGCACACCUGUUCCCCUUACCUGUCAUGUUGUCCAGAAGCGGACGGUGGUACUGCUGCCAGGUAUGAGUAGUGAUAGUGAGAUCGACUGUGACACAGAGAACGAGGACGAGGUGGUGGUCCUGGAGGCUGGAGAUUGUCGCUACGACACCCCGGCACUGCCCUGCGCAGGAGACCAAUUGAUCUCUGACCUAAGCUUCACCACAGUAGAGACCACAGACAGGUGAUUCCCCUCCAAUUUGGACACCACAGCCGGUCUAGACAGUGGCAAUCGCCAUUUGGGAACUGGAUCGUAGUGUAUAUAACUUUAAUGCACAUGAGCAUUUGUGUCGACACGUGCAUGCACUCAUUCUAGUCACUGACAACCCAAAUACUACGAAUGCUACAACUCACUAAAUAAGCACCUUGAUGAUGAUGAUGAUGACUAACUGCAAAAUGUGUCACAAUAUAUUUGGUCACAUUCAUUCAUCUUUUCAUUUAAAUGUACAUUUUAUGAAAUAUGGGUUUAUGGGGCGAUGAACAAUAUAUUUGCGAGAAAUAUAUUCCUGUCGGUGUUAAAUAAAAUAGGAAGUUAUAAUAUGUAACUAAUGAGGUCAUGGUUGACUUUUGCAAUGUCUACAUACUCAGAUUGGGCUUUGGUCUGGGCAUUAUGAGCUAAGGUGAAUUUUUAGAAAGAAGCAUGGGGCACCUGCUUUACAACAGAAAGAGAACAUCAAAAGCUCUCUGCCUUUCUGAUUCAAUGAGGUGCUAUUGAUGUAUUUGUGUGGAGGAGCACAGUCAAGCAGGUAUCACACAGUGCUGUAAUGAACACUCAAUUCUGGUUAAGUCUAAACAAAUGCCUUGAAAUGAAGUGGACACAUUUACAACCUUAAUUCCUGUAUCAACAUGGCUUAAAACGUGUUAGGAACCCUUUACGUUAACUGAAGGAAAGGCGGGGAUGAAACACAAGGACAAAUUGCCCAAAGUCCCCUUUGCGUAAAUCUUGUCAAUGUAAACUACUGUACUUCAUCAACUUCUCCUGUUAGAUUGGAGUUGCUUUCUUCCCAGUAAAUCAUUCAGAACAAGAACCUGCUGUGUAGACAAACAUUGCUGCUGUGUAGACAAACAUUGAAAUGUGGAUCAACGGUACGGCCUCCUCUGGCCUGUGUAAAAGAUGGCUACAUUUUGAAUUGGUAUUGAGUGAAGUCUUAGUAGGGAAAUGACUCUUGCUCACAGUAUUGAGUGGAUUCUGACUGAAUUGAUUAUUAACCAUUCUUGAUUGACGGUCUGGGCUUCAAGUGCUCGUUGACCUUGUCUCUUCAUUAAUAAUAAUAUAUGCCAUUUAGCAGACGCUUUUAUCCAAAGCGACUUACAGUCAUGUGUACAUACAUUCUACGUAUGGGUGGUCCCGGGGAUCGAACCCACUACCCUGGCGUUACAAGCGCCAUGCUCUACCAACUGAGCUACCCACAUGCACAUCAAAGCUGACAUACAUUAUACAUACAGGGUUCUUUCUUUCAUGAAGUGUUUUCUGCAGCUCUUGUCAAGAUGAGCUCUGUAACAUAGGCACAUGUGUAGGUGUUGUUUUGCGUUUUCUUCCCUGAUAGCAUUUGUGUCCACACUGUAAUUUCCAUCUUCACUCUUUCCCUGUGCUGUGUGAGCAACGCCUCCCAGUUCAGCUUUUCUGCUUGACUUAGAAAAAUGGGUCCAUACAAAAUCACCCGUUUUGACUUCUAUGAAGGAGAUGCAACUCAGUGGAUUCCUUUCCCUGUUCAAACAUAGUCUUAAAUGGAUUCAAAUGUUACACUCUAUCUUCUUGGGUCUAGAUACAUUUUAUUUGAGUUAAUUAUUAGCAAAAAUUAGUUUGACUGAGACGUGUGUAAAUAAGUGUUUGUUUUGUACAAAGACUCCCCAACAAUGAUGUGAAUAUUUUUCUUUAAAGUGUGUAAUUGGACCCAUUACCUUUUGAAGUUUUUCCUUUUUGCCCAUCAGAGGGUGCCAUUUCUGCCUUAAAGUUUAGCUUUGCUCUGUGACCGUGGACCAUUUUUCUUUACAGUGCCAUUUUAUUGCUUUCAACCCUUAAAAUGAAUCUAAAGACUACACUAGCGUCCCACACUAGCGUCCACAUGGACAUCAUAAUAGAAACUGUAGUUGCUUUUUGGAGAACAAUGAACACUGACAGUCGUAAUUUGAAUAAAGUGAUGACCCAAACCGAAUCUGUAAACAUUUCUAUCCCUUGAAAGGGAGAUAUGUAAGAUGUCUCAAAGUAUACUAAUGUGCAUUGACUAAUAAGGAAAUAUGUUUCCAAAUGCCUGAGUGGAGAGCUGAGUGGUUAAUGCUGUUAAUAUCUUCCUAUGUCAGCUAUAGGAUGCCUGAUGCUAAACCCACAGUUGCACAUCUUCCUAAUGUUCCAUCGUGUGCCUAGAAUCACAUGGCUUUAAUAGGGUUGAACAGGCAGAGUGUGGAAAAUAUGCGUAAAACCUCUUGUGCCCUUGAAAGGGUGUUUGUAUAUACAGCUCGAGACUCAUCCUGAUAUGGUCUUAUUGUGUCUAUCGAUUUAUGUGUGUGUGUGUGUACACUGCACAUUUCUGUUACUGCCCAGGUUUGAGGUGUGUGUGUGUAUACACUGCACAUUUCUGUUAUUGCCCAGGUUUGAGAUGUGUGUGUGUGUACACUGCACAUUUCUUUUACUGCCCAGGUUUGUGUGUGUACACUGCACAUUUCUGUUAUUGCCGAGGUGUGUGUGUACACUGCACAUUUCUGUUACUGCCCAGAUUUGAGGUGUGUGUGUGUGUGUGUGUGUGUGUGUGUGUGUACACUGCCCAGGUUUGAGGUGUGUGUGUGGGUGGGUGGGCUGGCUGAGGAAAGGCACUAGAAAGGUGAUUACAUGUUUUUGAGUGUUCAUGCUCUCCUUGUGUCUGAGUGUUUGUUUUGUAUUGUCCCAGAAUGCAGUGGGAAUUUAUGUUGAAUGUCUUUUUUUAAAUUCUUUUUUUGUACUUAUAUGACAUGAACAAAUUAAAAUAUUGUUUGGUUUCUUGAA